AUUGAAAUUAGGAGCAGCAGAGAACUGGAGACUCCGGAGGACAACAACAGACACUCAGAGAGACAGACAGAAGACAGGGGAGAUAGGUGCAUAGACAGCUGCAGCCAUGGCGAGCAGAAAAAUGACCUUUUUCGAGAUGUGGAGGAGCAAGAAGGAGAGAGGAGAGCUUCGAAGAAGAACCAACCAGCUGAGACUUGAUCCUUCACAGAUGAGCCAAUUGCUUGGCGACACCGGAGUUCGGAGAGCGCUGCAGAAUAGCAGGAUAGAGGGUCUGCUUCCCCCCAUUGGUAUGGAGGUCUUCAGACGUUUGACUCCAGCUUCACUUCGGUGGAUCGAACAACCGCAUGAAGCUGAGGAGAUGGCGCUGGAGAUGAGCGAGAGGAGCGAAGAGGUGACAGAGAACAACAUGCCUAAACAAACCAGUGACCUGGAGACUGGGAAGCCCCUCCCAAUUUUCUUUGGGGACCCAUCCCAUGACCUUCUGAACACUCCAUUGGAGGAGUUGGAUCCCUUUUACGAAUCACAGAAGACAUUCAUUGUGGUAAAUAAAGACAACAUAGUUCACAGGUUUAAUGCGGAGCAGGCCUGUUACCUGCUGAGUCCGUUCAACCCGCUGAGGACCGCCGCCAUCAGGAUUUACCUUCACUCUUUAUUCAAUUUCUUCAUUUUGGUAACAAUCCUGACCAACUGUGUGUUAAUGACAAUGUCUGAUCCUCCAGCAUGGUUCAAGGUUGCGGAACGCGUGUUCACAACCAUCUACAUGUUUGAAGUCAUCAUAAAGGUUGUUUCCAGAGGCUUCUGUUUCGGGAAAUUCACCUUCCUCAGAGAUCCCUGGAACUGGCUGGACGGAAUGGUGAUAAGUACAGGAUUCCUGAUGGAGUUUAUAGACUUUGGCAAAGUUUCUGUGCUGGCGACAGUUCCUCGAGUCCUGAAAAUCUUUGCAGUCAUCCCAGGUCUGAAAACGUCUGUUGGAGCUCUCGUCCGAUCGCUGAAGAGACUCCUUAAUGUCAUCGUUCUGAUGCUACUCUGCCUCAGUGUCUUGGCUCUGAUUGGUCUGCUGCUUUUCGUGGGGGAUCUGAAGAGGAAAUGUGUCAUUUGGCCCAGUUAUGAGAUCGACAACUACACCGACUACCUUCAGGACCAUGUGAACUACUACUACCGGUCAGGUUCACUCGACGCUCUGCUGUGUGGAAACACCUCUGAUUCGGGGCGGUGUCCUGAGGGCUACACAUGUCUGAAGGCAGGAAACAACCCAAAUUAUGGCUACACCAGCUUUGACUCGUUUGGUUGGUCUCUGUUGUCUGUGGUCCGACUGAUGAGCAAAGACUACUGGGAAAACCUGGUGGAAAUGACGUUACGAGCAGCAGGUAAACGCUUCCUGACCUUCUUCAUGCUUGUCGUCUUCCCCGGCUGCUUCCACGUCCUCAGCCUUGCCGUGGCGGUUGUUGCCAUGGCCUGCUGUGAGCAGGAGGAAGCUGCCGUAGGCCAGCUCAAACAGAGAGAAGGAGAGUUUGGUCAGAUCCUGGAAGCCAUAAAGAGGAGCGAGGAAGACGAGGGAGCCAGCAGGGCGGCGCUCUCACCAGAGCCUGAGAAGAAGGAGAGCGUGGAAGGCCCGGAUCGGGACCAGAGGGCGUGUUCUCCAUGCAAGUCUGCUGACUGCCUCCUGAAGUGGAACUGUUGCGGUUGUUGCCGGUGGAUCAAACAGCGGCUGAAUAUCUUUAUCUCAAGCCCUUUCUUUGAUCUCGGGGUCGUCAUCUGCCUCGUCCUCAACAUCAUCUUCAUGUGCAUGGAGCAUUAUCCAAUGACAGAGCGCUUCUCCAGGGUGCUGAAUGAAGCACAUCUGGUCUUCACAUUGAUUUUUGCAGCUGAGAUGUUCCUCAAACUCAUAGCCAUGAACCUGGAUGGAUACUUUCGGGUGGGCUGGAACAUCUUUGACAGCCUCCUCGUCGCUAUCAGCCUGCUGGAGCUGUUGAUUGUGGAACAUCUUCCAUGUGUUCUUAUGAUGCGAGUGUUCCGGCUGGCCAAGUGGUGGCCGUCCUUCCGCAUGUUGAUAAAGCUCAUCUGGACCUCGGUGAGGGCUCUUUGGGACCUGACUCUGGUUCUGCUCAUCAUGGUCUUCAUGUUCAGCGUGGUGGGCAUGCAACUGUUCCAGCAGGAUUACAAAGACAACGUCUGUCGCAUCUCAGUCGACUGCCACCUUCCACGUUGGCAUUUCAAUAGCUUCUUCCACUCCGUACACGUCAUCAUCAGGGUCCUGUUUGGAGAGUGGAUCGAGGUCACGUGGGACUGCAUGGAGGUCUCAAGUCGGACCACGUGUCUGAUCUUCUUCCUGAUGGUCGUCGUCAUAGGGAACUUGUUGCUCCUGAACCUUUUCGUGACAUUGCUGCUGAGUUCGUUCAUCACAGAAGCAGAAGAAAAAAACAACCUGCAGAUCGUAAUAACGCGGAUCAACAGGACUUUGGGGAAUUUGCUACGAAAGAAGACACAGCUCAACCCAGACCAAGCAGCAGACAAUGAGAAAGUCCCCAGGAAGAAGUAUCUGGACUCUGCGGCCUCACAUGAGCUGGUGUUAGAGGUCCAGGACCGUGGACACCUGACGAGCGAAUCCUGCAGGGCCCCCACUGCCGAGGCCGAAGAAACUGCUGAGGAUGACGAAGAAACAGAGAUAAAAAGAUAUCCUGAAGACAGCAAGGAGCAGAAUGGAGACACACCGAAGGACUGCUGCAGCAACGAUGGCACAGGGAGGGUCUGGUCUAAUCUCAGGAGAGCCUGUUUCUCCAUUGUGCAGCACAAAUGCUUUGAGUACAUCCUCCUCAUCAUCAUUCUGCUGAGCAGUGUAGCUCUGGCCUUUGAGGACAUCCACCUGCAGCACCGUCAGGUGUUGAAGACGGUUGUGGCGAGAGCAGAACAGGUGUUCACUUGUCUCUUUCUCGUGGAGAUGAUUCUCAAGUGGAUCGCCUUCGGACUGAAGAAAUACUUCACCAGCACCUGGACCUGGAUUGACUUUCUCAUUCUACAAGUGUCUGUGGUGUCUCUGGCAGCUGACAGAUUUGGAUUCUCUGAACUGGGAGUCUUCCAGUCUUUUAGGACUUUGAGAGCUCUGGGUCUUCUGAGGGCCGUUUCUCGUGUCCAGGGCCUGAAGGUGGUGGUGCAGGCUCUGGUCCGGACCGUCCAGUCCAUGUUUGACCUGCUGCUGGUGGUUCUGGUCUUCUGGUUGGCCUUCAGCAUCCUGGGAGUGAAUCUGUUUGGGGGAAAGUUUCAUUACUGUUCCAACGAGACGUCACAGGAAAUAAUUUCAUCUCUGUAUAUAGCCAACAAGUCUGAGUGCCUCUUACUGAGCAUGGAAGAAGAUUCCCCUGACAUCCUCUGGAAGAGCACCGAGCUAAACUACGACAACGUGUUGAGCGGUUACCUGUCGCUGCUGCACCUGGGCCUAUCAGCAGACUGCGUGGACGUCAUGUACGCAGCUGUGGACGCCACAUGGCUGGAGUCCCAGCCAGUCUUUGAGUACAACUCGUACAUGUACUUGUACUUCAUCUGUUUCAUCAUCGGCUCCUUCUUCACUCUCAACUUAUUCAUCAGAGCCGUCAUUGACAACCUGCAUAGACAAAAGUCUUCAGGGAAUCAGAUCUUUAUAACCAAGGAGCAGCACAAAUAUUGCAUGUUUGUAAAGACGCAUAUGAUGAAGCCUCAGGAACCUUUUCCCCGCCCUCAGAAUUGCUGCCAGGCUCGGCUCUUUGACCUGCUGACUAAGCGGCCUUUUCAAGUCCUGAUGGCGGUGGUGGUCUUCCUGAACAUGGUGACCCUGAUGGUAGUGACGGACCAGGAAACCAUGGAGUAUGAAGAAGUUCUGCCCUGGCUCCACCUAGUCUUUCUCAUCAUCUACACCAUUGAGUUCAUUCUGAAGCUCAUUGGGCUCAGGCAUCACUACUUCACCAGCGGCUGGAACAUCCUCGACUUUGUGGUGCUCAUCUUCUGCAUCGUAGGCAUCUUUAUUGGUGAACUCUUUUUUUAUUCUCCUCUCUUCACUGUGCUGCGAGUGGUUCAUAUCUUUCGCAUCCUCUCCUGGGUCACGGGCAUCCGAAAGCUGCUUAAUGCCUUUAUGAUGUCACUUCCUGCCCUCUUCAACAUUGGGCUCCUCUACGUCAUCCUCAUGUUCAUCUCCUCCCUCUUCGGCAUGUUGAACUUCGGCUAUGUGAAGAAGGAUGUCAGGAUGGACGACAUGUUUAAUUUUGAGACGUUUGGGAGUAGCGUGAUCUGCUUGUUGAUGAUCACUACCUCAGCUUCAUGGGGAGGGUUCCUGACUCCCAUCAUGAGCACGCAGCCAGACUGUGAUCCCGAUAUGGGGAACCCAGGAUCCACCACCAGGGGGAACUGUGGCAGCCCGGCAGUCGCCAUUGUCUUCUUCAUCACCCAUAUCUGCCUGACGUUCUUGCUGGUGGUCUGCCUGUACCUCACCAUCAUCCUGGAGACCUUCAAGUCCGAGGACGGCGAGCCUCUGAGUGAAGAUGACUUUCAGAUGUUUUAUAAAACCUGGAAGAAGUUUGACCCAGAAGCCUCGCAGUUCAUACGGUACAGUGAGCUGUCUGAUUUCUGCGACGCGCUGCAGGAGCCUCUGAAGAUCCCAAAAACCAGCUCCAUCAAACUGACCCUCACGGAUCUGCCUCUACUUUCUGAAGACAAAGUCCACUGCUCGGAGGUGCUUCACGCGCUCACCACGCAGGUGCUGGGGGACUUAGGAAUGAACUCUAUGAACUCUAUCAAAGCUAGAUUGGAGGAAAAGUUCAUGACCAACUCGUUCAAGGUGUCGUGUGAACCGAUCAGCAGCAGCCUGCAAGGAAAACAAGAAGACGUUGAGGCGACAAUUCUACAGCAAAGAGCCGAUGAAGAGACGGCCGUCCAGUCUGUUCAGGGUGGUGUUUCAGCUUCAGAGUGAGCUACUCCUCCACUUGUGGACUCUUGCAAUCGAAGCGACCCAAAUCUGAGUUUGCAGAGUCGAGUUUGGUCUUUUCUUCCGGCUUUGAAAAACAUAUUCCUGCAUUCUUUGCCUCCUAGCAGAGCUCAGUCUUUGAUGAUGUUAAACUUUAUCAAUAAACUUGAUAUAUCUACUAAUCAAGGUUAUUAUAGUCUUUAAAAUAAUAAUUACUGUGAUUCGGAAUUGAUCAAAUAAGAUCCAAGUCUAUGUGCCUUUGUUAGGUAUAACAUUAUAUUGCAUUAGUGUAGAAAUGUAAUCAUUUAAGAGACAUUUAAAAAAUGUUUGUAUAAUAAAAGCAUAAUCAAAGUAACAUUAUUAUUAAAAAGCAACACCUGUAUUCAAGUAAUAAGCAUUAUAAACCCAGAACAACAAACGAUAAAAUGACUCCAAAUGAUCUUUUGGUUAUUGACCACAUGCUUCUUGCAUAACUUUACUUCAAUCAAGACAUCCUUCUAUUAUCAAUGUCAUGUUAGGUAUAACUGUUGUACUUUAUAGUAUAUUUGUACUUUGUUAUAUUUUUGUACGUUUUGUAUCAUUUCAUAGUUUUACUUUUUUAUUCAUUUUUUAUACAUUAUGCAUGGUUAUGUAUGUUGAUAUUUUGUUGUCGGUGUGUAAAAUGAAAUAAAUGCAGCUCAAAACAACUGCCGUCAAUAUUCA